CUUUUGCUGAAACUGGCUACCCGCGGAACAACAGUCACCCAUGGACCCAGGUUUUGCGCUUGAAGGGUGAGUCUACUCCACAAUGUGUGUUGUCUUCCUUCAUCAUGUUCUGCAGUGAUACCGUCGUCGACCUUACGUCCCUAAUUAGCAAGCUUGAAUCUCCAAUUGCUCUCGGUUCAUUUACCCAAGUUUAUCGGUGUACCAUCAGGGCCAGCAAAGGCACAACGGAGGUUCGCCUGGGUUCGCCUGAGUAGCUAAGUAAACUUACCAAUCGUCCACUUCAUAUUUAUCAGGUAGCUGUGAAGGUAAUCAUUAUGGAUUAUAAUAGAGCUAUGCCGAAACUAGAGAGAGCGAUGCGUCGGGAACUUCGUUUGUGGCUUAAGUUGAGACACUUGAAUAUUGUGCCACUACUUGGUAUCGCACAUGUCGAAUCACCAUGGCCAGCUCUUGUUUAUCCAUGGAUGCCAUCUGGGACGUUAUAUGUUUACCUGGAGAAGCAAGCAACAACCCUUUCUGCUUCCGCAAAAUUUGGGUUGGUCAAGGGUGUCGCUGAUGGCCUUCAUUAUCUUCACUCGAAUAACGUCGUCCACGGAGACCUUCAACCUGCCAACAUACUGAUAGAUAAUUCAGGGAAUCCAUGCCUCACAGGUUUCGGUCUUGCAACAAUCGUAGAAGACCCAGAGUUGCAGUGGAACUCGACCACUGCGGCACGUGAUUUCAAUUCUCGAUGGCGUGCACCUGAAGUCAUUGGAAUAGAGUCUGAUGAGCCUGCACGACCGACUUUCACGAGCGAUAUCUAUUCUUUUGGUAGCGUUAUUUUCUUUAUCAUCUCGGGGGACAUCCCAUGGAAAGAGAAGAAAAACCUAACUCACAUCGUCAUUGAGCUGUCAAGAGGAGCCACUCCUGGGCGUCCAGAGAACAUGCCUAAUGGUUCCUGGAACUUGAUCGAACGCUGCUGGUCUCGGGACCCCAUGGAUCGUCCGGAGACUGCACGUAUCCUUGAUUACACUGAUCAGUGCAGGAUCGAUAACUCGCAGGUACGAGAAAGUCAUCAAAGUGCGUAUUUGGUCGCGGAGCAGGUAACUCCAUCCGUUCCUCGCAACGGUAAGGUGCAAUCCCAGUCUCCCUCACGAAGCCUCGUUGCAUCACCAAGCCAACCUGUACCUUUCACUACUCGAAUACACCAUUCUUUCUCUAGAACCUCAACGCUGUCAACGUCGGGUCCUUUGAAUGUGUUGCUUUUUGGGGAGACCGGAGUUGGCAAAAGCUCCGUUAUCAACUUGAUCAUGGGUCAAGGUGUCGCAGAGACAUCGCCAAGAGUAGAAACCUGCACGCUCGUGCGUUCUCCCUACGAAAUUAAUCUAGGAACUGACCGUUUCAAACUUUGGGAAGUUUCGUCCAUCGAAUCGAUGGGCUUCUUGAGGACUUUUUUCAAAAAAUUGCGCUUGAAAAGGUCAUACAAAAAACUGUACAAAGAUGAUGGAGUCUACCUUCUCUUGUAUUGCAUGAGGGGGUCGAAAGCCCAGAGGGCCUUGGUCAACAACUAUAAAUUUUUCACUGACGUCGUCGGCUCCACUGCUGGCCGUGUACCAGUCGCAGCUGUGGUCACCUCCUUGGAAGAUUAUCCCGAAAACAUGGAUAAUUGGUGGACGAAUAACGAGGGAAAUCUAGGGCACCUCGGGAUGCGGUUCUCCGCACACGCCUGUAUCACUUCCCUCCCUGACGAUCCGAAAUCCUCACUCGCAAUGCGUGCACGUCGACAACAAUCAGAGCAAGCCAUCCGCUGCCUCCUCUACGAAUCCUAUCAAGCUGGUAGAACUCCCGUCAGUUCCAAUAUGGCGUCAACUUGAAACAAUUAUAGUUGAAUGUCAGCCUCUGUAGAGUCGGGCCACUACACGUACUACUUUAUGAUACUCCAGCUUGUAUACUUCCCGCUCAGGGUAUCGAGUCAUAGACCGAUCGCGAACAGAUGUUCGUAAUAUAUAAUCGCCAAUCCUACGACCUAAUCUAAUUAAUACAUCAGUAGCUGUAGUUGAGAUGUAAUCGGUCGUACUAUAUGUAUCAGUCCUUGUAUGUGACCUCGAAAAAUCGGAUACAACAAUGUGCUCG